GCAGCUGACUGCCAGUCCGGAGAUUCAAGGCAUCCAGGAAGUUUACUGGAAGGACCGUGCCAACAACAAGCGUGGACCCCCCACUCCGGACCACACCGCGGCUCAGCUGACGGCAUCCACUUUUGGUGUCGACAUCAAUUCCACAGAGGCUCUGGAAGAGUGGCUGAGCAAGCCGGUACAGACAAACAAGGAC